CUGGGGAUAACCUUUACUUUGAAAACAAUCUAUCACAUGUGGAGAGGGUUAUCUUUGCGCAUCGGUCUUGCGUGUUACAUUUAUAACAACAACGCAGUGUUUUUUAGGUGCACUGACUUUCUCUGCGUAUCUUUGCUUAUUGUAUCUUUCAUUUCGGCUCCUCGUUGAGAAGUUACUAGUCAGACAUGGCGGAGUGGGAUCUAUAUUGGUUUGUGGAAUCCAAACUUCUCUGUAAUAAUUUGUCACCCUAGAUCGAUAACAUGCGUUUAUGGUUGCAUAUUUUCGUCCUUCUAUUGGAUAUUAAUGGAUAUUAAUAGAUUACAACCCAUCGUAAAAAUCCACUUCCUACAAUGGGUAAAGGUUGGUUGUCGUUUCAUAUCCAAGGUAAUAGAUAGAAUACCUAAUAAUAUCACUCGUAAUAUACCAUGGGUGUAGGUGGUAGAUAACCCACAGUUCAGUCUAAAGCUGCAAACUACCAUGGAUGUAUAAUAUAAACGAAGUAGCAAGGUCCAGUAAAAUAUUACUGCAAUGCAAUACUCAAAGCGAACAGCGGGCGUCGCUCUCUAGUUUCAAAACAGAGUACCCAAUAGGAGCAGUAGGCUAUUAGUUCAGGCGUACUAUUCAAAGCAUUUUUCAAACUUAUUUUCUUUGGGAAAUGGAGUCACUGGUGGAUUAUGAGGAUUCCGACUCGGAUUGCGAGUCUUCUAACACACUGGGCUGUAGCAGACAAUUGAAACAAAAUCAGGACAUGACGGUUUCGCGUCCCCUUGGGCUUAAACCCACCGAAUCACACCCUGAGAAUAUUCAUGGGACAUCAAGACAUGGCAGAAUUCCCUCAGUACGGACGGAUUUGGGUUCAGCCCUAGUUAAAAGUCACAUCUCUACAGAAGGCCUACCUGCACUGCCUGAGGGCCACAUUGGCUGGGAAAGACAAUAUACCCCUUCUUACAUGGAUAAACCAUUACUGAACAUUUCUUCUAGAGUAGCCAUUGCUUCGCCAGAUUCCCUUGAAAAGACGACCUCACAACAAACCUCCUCUGGGCCAUCCCAAAUCAUCAAUCAACACAAAUCCUCAGACACUGUUAAAAGACCCCAGCAUGUGUCCUCUGGGAUCCGGCCCUACAUCUCAAAGCGACAGAGACUUGGGCCUACCUCUGCAUCCGGGGAUAUGUCCUCAAAGCAGUCUGUCGAGGAGGCUUCCACGAAACAGACCAGAUGUGUCCUGAGGCUUUCAGAGGUGUGUGAGAGGGUCAAACCGUACCUUCUUGAAAAGCCGGGCGCUGCGGGCAUCCCAAGGAGGCUCCUGAGGGGUCUGGAGGGUCACGAGGGCCCGGUGAACACAAUCCACUGGUGUCCAGUGGCCCAGCUCAGUCACCUGCUCCUGUCUGCCUCCAUGGACAAGAAAGUGAAGGUUUGGGAUGCAGUGGAGAGCGGCCAGUGUCUUGGGGUGUAUCCGUGCCACGCCGAGGCGGUGCGGGACGCCUGCUGGACCCCCUGCGGGCGCCGCUUCCUCUCGGGCUCCUUCGACAACAAGGCGGCCAUCACUGAUGUGGAGACAGGGCAGCAGCUGGUGAAGGUGGACAACCAGUUCAAGGUGAUGUGUGUGGCGCUCCAGCCCUGCGAUGAGCACGUGUUCCUGUGUGGAGGCUACAGUCCCGUCGUCAAGGCCUGGGACGCUCGCGUGUCCAAGGCGGUGAAGUUGUACAGUGCGAGCAUCCAGCAGACCUUGGCCAUCUUGUUCCUGAAGGGCGGGCGCGAGUUCAUCACCAGCACGGACUCUGUGAGCCGGGACUCGGCUGAGCGCACCCUGAUCGCCUGGGACUACCAGACGACGGCCCGGCUCUCCAACCAAAUCUUCCACGAGAGGUACACCUGCCCAGGCCUGGCUCUCCAUCCUACAGGGGACUGCUUCUUGGCCCAGACCAAUGGGAAUUACAUGGCCGUUUUCUCCUCCCAGAGGCCCUAUAGGAUGAACAAGAGGCGGCGCUAUGAAGGACACAAGGUAGAGGGCUACGCCGUGCAGUGCGAGCUCUCUGCGGACGGAACCGUCCUCGCCACCGGCAGUUCCUCAGGCUCCGCCCACUUCUACGACUACCAGAGCACCCGCAUGGUGCACACGCUGUGCGCCCACAGACAGCCCUGCCUGCGGGUGGCCCAGCACCCUGUGCUGCCGUCCACCGCCGCCACCUGCGACUGGGGCGGAGAGGUCAAGGUGUGGCACUGAGAACACGGCCGAUUGGCUCAAUGGGUUUCAACCGAGCGGCAAGGACCAGGAAGUAGAUAGGAAUGAUUUUUUUUGCACUGGAUUUGAUUGCGGCUUGUUUUCGUACAUGAAUAAAUGCAGAGGAACAUUUUAAACAA